UAGUUCCCAGCUCUAGUUCUAUCGCCGCGUUGUGUUUUUUGCGACAGAGUUAUUUUCAUCGUUGUUUUCCCAGAAAAUUUCCCGAAUUAAGCGCGCGAUGGGGGAAAGCGAAGCCGAGAGCGAUUCAAGCAGCAAUUCCAGCAGCAGCGACACUUCCAGUGGCAGCGACAGUGAUGCCAGGAGCGAGUCCUCGUCCUCCGAAAGUAGCGGGCGGGAGGAAGAGGAAGCAAAGCAGGAGGAAUCCGCCAAAGACGCCAAGAAAACUGACGAUAAGGCCAAGGGGCUAAAGAGAGUCAUGGAGAGUGGAGCUGGAAAGGAUAAGGAUCCUGCUGAGCAAAAGAAAACUCCCACGGAAGAGCCCCGUUCGGAACGCCAGCACAUUUCCCAUUCUGCUGGCGUGGAAAAGCAGCAAGAAGAAGCAGCAGCUGCUGCGGCGGAAAGCGAGAAAUUAAAUGAAGCGGAAAAAGUGGAAACACCUGUCCAACAAAAAGAGGGAGGAGAAGCCACAGGUGUGACGAAAGAGCUGGAAAGCUCCAAUACCCAAGAGGAACAAGAGCACAGCGCUGCACGGGAAUCAAAAGAGCGGGGGAAGGAUGAAGAGCAGCCAGCGACCACCAAUGGAAGCAGCAAGGAAUCGCCGGGGGAAGCUGCUGCUGAAACAGCGGAACCUCCCACUGCAGACCACAUAGAAGAAGGCGAGAUAACCGACAAAGACGAAGAUGACAAACUGACGAAAGAGAGUAAGAAACCCGUCGUGGCUAAGAGUCCAUCCAAAGAAACCCAUCGAAAACAAAGCCGCAGCCCGGAUGGCAAACGGCGACGGCCACGAUCAUCCAGCAGGAGUCCGUCACCCAGCAGUCGUCGUCGACGUCGCUCGAGGAGCAAAAGCAGCAGAAGCCGGAGUCGCAGUAAAAGUCCUAUCCGCCGGAGAUCCAAUUCAUUGGAGAGAAGACGUGUUGAGCGACAGAGACGUCAUGAGGAGCGAGAUAAACGUGAUGAGGAACGAGCCAAGGAGCGUGAAAAACGCCAUCAAAAGGGUGACAAGUCCAGCAGCACGCGUAGAGAUGAUUCCAGGGAAAAGAAGAGGUCGCCAGAUCGCAAAAGAGAUCGGUACUCCUCCAGUCCGGGAUCCAAAUCCUCAAAGGCCACUCGCAACCACGAAACCACAAAUGCAGACAAUGAAACCGUUACCGAACCUGCAGCAAAAAUUACUGAGCGGCAACGAAAGACAGUGGAUGUGUUGACCUCUAGGACUGGAGGCGCCUAUAUUCCGCCGGCGAAGCUGCGCAUGAUGCAGUCACAGAUCACGGACAAAGCAUCCGCUGCCUAUCAGAGAAUCGCUUGGGAGGCCCUCAAGAAAUCGAUCCAUGGUUACAUUAACAAAGUCAAUGUAACGAAUAUAGCGAUUAUCACCAGAGAGCUUUUAAGAGAGAAUAUCGUCAGGGGAAGGGGCUUACUUAGCAGGAGUAUCAUCCAAGCACAGGCUGCUUCGCCCACAUUCACCCAUGUAUACGCUGCUCUGGUGAGCAUUGUAAACUCAAAGUUUCCGAAUAUAGGAGAGCUUCUCCUCAAACGUCUGGUUAUCCAAUUUCGUAGGGCGUUUCGACGUAAUGAUAAGUUGGUUUGCAUGUCGGCCACUCGAUUUAUUGGUCAUUUGGUCAACCAGAGGGUGGCUCAUGAAAUUCUGGCUCUAGAAAUUCUUACCCUGCUGGUGGAAACGCCAACGGAUGAUUCUGUAGAGGUAGCCAUCGCUUUUCUGAAAGAGUGUGGUAUGAAACUGACUGAGGUUUCGUCCAAAGGCAUUGGGGCCAUCUUCGAGAUGCUGAGAAACAUCCUACACGAGGGAAAGUUGGACAAGCGAGUACAGUACAUGAUUGAAGUGCUGUUCCAGAUUCGAAAGGAUGGCUUUAAGGAUCAUCAGGCUGUUGUUUCGGAACUAGAGCUCGUUGAGGAGGACGAUCAGUUCACGCAUCUGAUGAUGCUAGAUGAAGCCACUGAAACAGAAGAUAUACUAAAUGUUUUUAAAUUCGACGAUAACUAUGCCGAAAAUGAGGAAAAAUACAAAGGGCUGAGUCGCGAGAUCCUGGGCAGCGACGAUGGCAGUAGUUCAGGGUCGGGCUCUGGAUCAGAGUCGGAUAGCGAUUCGGACGGAGAAUCCGGUUCUGAUGUGGAAAAGAAAGCUGAAGCUGGUGACAUUAUAGACAGCACUGAAACCAAUCUGAUUGCCCUGCGUCGCACCAUUUACCUAACAAUCAACUCUAGUUUGGAUUAUGAGGAGUGUGCCCAUAAGCUGAUGAAGAUGCAACUGAAACCGGGACAAGAAAUUGAGCUCUGUCACAUGUUUCUCGAUUGCUGUGCAGAACAGAGAACAUAUGAGAAGUUUUACGGACUGCUAGCCCAGCGGUUCUGCAACAUCAACAAGAUCUACAUACCGCCCUUCGAGGAGAUUUUUAAGGACACCUAUCAAACCACCCACAGAUUGGAUACGAAUCGUUUACGGAACGUCAGUAAGUUCUUCGCCCAUCUGCUAUUUACCGACGCCAUUAGUUGGGAUGUGUUGGAGUGCAUCCUACUGAACGAGGAUGAUACCACGUCAUCGAGCCGGAUUUUUAUAAAAAUUCUGUUCCAGGAGCUAGCUGAGUAUAUGGGAUUGGGCAAACUGAACGCAAAGCUGAAGGAAGAUGUUUUGGUGGAAAGCCUAGCUGGUUUGUUUCCCAAGGAUAAUCCGCGGAAUACCCGCUUCUCCAUCAACUUUUUCACCUCGAUUGGUUUGGGAGGUCUAACGGACGACUUGAGAAGAUUUCUUAAAAACGCCCCUAAAGCUGUGCCCGCAAUAAAUGCUGAAAUUCUGGCCAAUGCCGGGGGAAACCCGUUCAGAGAUGGCUCUGCUUCCGCUGGAAAUAACAAGAUGGCGCCAACAUCGUCGUCAUCGUCGUCUUCGGACACCAACAGCGAAGACUCCAGUGAAGAGGACAGCAGUUCCGACUCUUCUAGUGAAUCAUCAAGCUCCGAUUCCAGCUCGGAACCUAAAAAGAAACGCAAACGCAAGGACAAGGAUAAAAAUAAAUCUAAGAAAGCUUCUAAGGAAAAGGCCAGAAAGAGUAAGGACAAAAAGAUGGAAAAGAAAACAAAGGCGGAGAAGGAAAGAGAAAGAGAAAAGGCGAGGAAAAAAGCCGAGCAGGAACAAGAAAAAGAGAAGCAGAGAAAGAGCAAAAAGGAAAAGGAGAAGGAUAAAAAGCGUGAGAAGGAGAAAAAAAAGGCUGCCAAAAAGAAAUCAAAGCGCAGAAGAAAAAGUCAAGAGAGCUCGGAUUCCAGCGGCAGUGAAGACAGCGAUAAGUCCUCUGAAUCGUCGUCCUCAAAUUCUUCCAGCGAAGAAAGCGACGCUGAACCUCAGGCAAAGAUCAAGCGCCAGGAGAAUGUUCAAAAAAAUAAGUUUCGAGGAAAGCCUCAAGAUAGUGAUGAAUUCAAUCUAGAAGGUCCAGGAUCUAGGGAGUCGAAUGGUAAUGGCCAGAGACGCAGAGACAUCUCAAUUGGCAGAGAACGAAACCAAGAGAAUUCUUCGUACGAUAGAGAAAGAAACCGGGAGAGUUCAUAUGAAAAAGAACGGAAGAAACGAAAUUCAAUUUCCUACGAUAGACAACGAAAACGGGAUCGAUCCCUUUCUUAUGAAAGACCACCAAUAAGAGAGAAUUCUACUCCUCGCGAUAGGCGGGUUGGGAGUAGUCGCAGUGAAAAAGACAGCCGUCGGCGUGACGGUUCCUCCAGAAACGAGAGGCCAGAUCGUGGAGAGCGUUCACAUCGUGGCGGAGAGAGGUCAGAUCGCGGUGAUCAUGAAAAGGAUCGCAAUCGUGCCAAGGAACGGGAACGGGAGAGGGAUCGUGAUCUGAAGGGACAUAAGGAACGUAAGAGAGAACGUGACCGGGACCGUGUUCAUUCCCGUGAGCGUGACGAAUCCCGUGAUCGGUCGCGAGGAGAGCGUAACUCACAACGCUCCAAGGGACGCAGCUGAAUCUGGAGUCUGGAUAGCAUGAUGUGACUAACAAAGGCAUAUGAAUAUUUGUGUUAAAUAUUUUACUUUUACAUGUGUACAAAGAAACCCCACUAAACAGAUAAAACAAAAAUAAAUGUACAAAAUGCAAAUUUGAA